AUGGCUGGAAGAAAUGACACUGUUGUGAGCGAGUUCUUCCUUAUUGCAUUCACUGAGCAUCCAGAGUGGGGACUUCCUCUCUUCCUGGUAUUUCUGAGUUUCUAUCUUGUCACUUUGCUGGGAAACGCAGGAAUGAUCAUCUUGAUCUGCAAAGAUCGCAGGCUACACACCCCAAUGUACUUCUUCCUCAGCCACCUCUCCUUCGUGGACAUCUGCUACUCCUCUGUCAUCGUCCCUCAGUUGCUGGCUGUGCUGUUGGAACACGGUGCUGUCAUCUCUGAAGCUUGUUGUGCAGCUCAGUUCUUCCUCUUCACUUUCUUUGCCUCCAUUGACUGCUACCUCUUGGCUAUCAUGGCCUAUGACCGCUAUGUGGCCGUGUGCCAACCCCUGCUUUAUGUCACCAUUAUGACCGAGAAGGACCGCGUAGGCUUAGUGGCUGGUGCUUAUGUGGCUGGUUUCUCCAGUGCUUUUGUUCGAACGGUCACAGCCUUCACACUCUCCUUCUGUGGAAACAAUGAGAUCAACUUUAUUUUCUGUGACCUGCCGCCUCUAUUAAAACUCACAUGUGGGGAAAGCUACACUCAGGAAGUAGUGAUUAUCGUGUUUGCCAUUUUUGUCAUGCCUGCUUGCAUAUUGGUGAUCUUGGUGUCCUAUCUGUUUAUCAUUAUAGCCAUCAUGCAGAUUCCUUCUGCUGGCGGCAGGGCCAAGACCUUCUCUACCUGUGCCUCCCACUUCACUGCUGUGGCUCUCUUCUUUGGCACCCUCAUCUUCAUGUACCUGCGAGAUAACUCGGGGCAAUCCUCAGAGGAAGACCGAGUCAUAUCCGUGCUCUACACGGUGGUGACCCCCAUGCUGAAUCCCCUCAUCUAUAGUCUUAGGAACAAGGAGGUCAAGGAGGCUGUUAAGAAACUCCUCAGCAGGUCAAAAGUUUCUGGGAGGAUCUAG